AUGAGUUGCGCCGAAGCGCUAAUUCCAGCGGGCGAGCACGCCAAGGUGACCUACCUCGACGAUGAAGGGGACGCCUGCACCCUCCUGGAGCAGAGCGUUCUAGACGCUCUCUGCAUGGCUUCGUCCGGCGACGGUGACCAGGCCACCGUCAGCCCGCGCCGAGCACAAACCUGGAUAUCAGAGCGCUUCGUCCAGCUGGACUCUGGCGACGUCGCCAGGCGACGGCGACCAGUCUGCAGCUUUGCCGACGGCGCGAGCUUGGAGCAUUCCAGGGUGCUCCUGCUGUGCGUGCAGGGCGGUGGCUCCAGGCACUCGGCCGAGGCUGUCUCCGAGUCCUCGGGGGCCUGUGCGGACGCAGCGGCAGCGCCGGCAGACCUCCGGGCCGUGGAGGAGAGCAAGCUGCGAGCGCGCGCGGACAUGCGCGCCCACCUGGCGGCGUUCCUGGGCGGGCGGCCCCGAGCGCGCUUCGAGGAGUGGAUCGCGGACUACCACCCCGACAACGUGGUCCCGCCAGGGCGCGACUCGCGCGGGCUGCCGACCAUCGACCGCCGCCUCUACCACGAGGGGGGCGACCACCGCGCGAUCUGGAGCGAGCACGCGCGGGACGACGGGCCCGCUCCCGAGGCAGAGGCGGGGGCCCAGGGCGCGGCCAGCCCGAGAGAGCCGACUGCGGCGGAGCCCGAGGCCGCCGGCGCCGCUCCCGCCGAGCCUGGCCGGGCGGCGCCGGAGGAGGAGCAGCGCUCGCUCUGGGACGCGUGCAGGGUCGGCGGCCUCAAGAGGGCGGCGCAGCUCGUCGGGGCCAAGCCCAUGCACAUCGGGUGCGCCUUGAGUUCGCUGCUCGCGGGCGCCGCCGAGCACGCCUCCGGCGCUGCAAGCUGGGAAACGUCAGCGGCGUUACCCUCGGGAGCUUCGCGGGCUCCUCCGAGCACAAAAGAGCAGCACUCGUUCUUGGACGUGUGCAAGCUUGGGGAUUUCAAGAAGGCAAAGAAGCUCAUCGACGCCAAGCCCGAGCUGAUCAACGCACAGCCAGAGAGGCGUUGGUCUGCCCUGCACCACUUCGCUCAGCGAGGCCACGAGGAAGCUGUCCGCUACCUUAUAGACCGUGGUGCGGACCUGAGCGCCCUCAACGUGGACGGCGCUACGCCGCCCGAGGUAGCCGACGACUCCGUCUUGCACCUCUUUAUCGCGGGGCACGAUGGCGGCAUUGUCCUGGGUCCAGCCCCCGUGGUUGUGGAAGCUGAGCCAGCUGCCGAGUCUGGGCCAGCAAAGGCGCCCAGCGCCGUAGGCUUGUCGCCGUCGCGCCGCAGGCGUAGCUCCCAGGAGGACAGUCUGCACGGGGAGGCGGUGGCGGGCGCGAUGGCCAGUACUGCCGUUACCUCCUGCCUGGAGGACCUCGGGGCGGAAAACGCGCGCCUCGAGGAGUCAUCCCCAUCCCUCGCGGCGGAGGCCUCGCGCGUGCAGGAGUCCGCGGAGGCCUCGCUGCGGGAUGCCGCGCGGGAGCAGCGCAGGCUGGAGCGCGAGCUCGAAGAGACGCUGUCGCGAAACGCCGCCCUUCUGGCGGAAAGGGAUGGGCUCCGGGCGAGCCUGCAGCAGGCGCGCCAGCAGCUGCGGGCGCAGAGCUCACAGGCCGACGGCCUCCAACACCAGCUUGCGACAGCGGCCGCGUCCGUGCGCGCGGCGGCCCCGGCGGACGAGGGCCCCUCCGCCUCGGUCGUCAGCUGCGAGCUGGUCGUCGGCGUGGAGGUCCGCGAGAGCGAGGGCGGCUGCGGGGACGCCACGGAGGAGCUCGGAGAGCUCGUCUUCGCCUCCGGAGCCCGAAGCGCCUUCCGCCUGGGCAGCGUCGGCCUCGCUACUGUGCCCCUGGGAGCGGGCGCCGAGGCGGAGGCCCCGGUGUGCGCGCAGGUCAGGGUUCUGAACGACGGCGCCACGGAAUGGCCCGCGACCGCCGCGGUGGUCUGCCUGUCCGGCCCCGGCCUCGGGGCCCCGCUGUCGGCUGUUGGGCCCCUCGCCGCAGGCGAAGCCACCGACGUCACCUUGGACCUGGCGCUGCCGCCCCGCUCGGAGCCCCUGGAGAGCCGCAGCGUCUGGGCGCUGGUGGACGCGGCGUCGGGGCGCCCGCUGGGGCCACUGCUGGUGCUCGACGCCGCGUGGCGGGCCGAAGCUGCGUGAGGGUUUCGCUUCGCACGCGGUGCCCCCGCAGCUGCGCUGGCGCCCCUCGGCGCGGACUCCACCAGUUCAGGCCUCCCAGAUGGGCAGGAUGGUGCAUAGGUCCUCCUGGCCUCGGCCAUCACUGCCGGGGAUGGCCCUGGCCAGGCCCGCGUGGUGGUCUGCAGGGGCUUUCUGCGCCUGUCAGUAGCGCCCGCGCUUGGACGCGGUCCUUCUUCACCCGUGGGCUGCUGGAGCGGCGCCAUCCUGGGUGCUGCCAGCGUGCCGUGCGCUCUGUCGUUGCAGCACCGCGUCGAUUUACAGCUGCACCCGGGUGCCGCGCCGUCCUUGCAUCUGCUCUUUUCGUCUC